AACAAAAAUGGCGAAAUGCGUAUUAUACACAUGUUUGGCUCUCAGUGUCAGUUUUGUUUCUGCCACUCCAUUAUGGAAUUCUUCUUUCGUUUAUGCUACUGAAGACGAUGCAGUCACUUCAUCUUCAGACCUUCCCGUGCAGAUGGCACGUGUCGGAGAUAAACGAUGUAUGACGGGAUUGGGCUGUUUCGAGAUAACGGAUGAUUUUUUCCACUAUCGCUACCGGCCAAUAAAUGUUUUACCUCAAGACAGAUUAACCAUACGAACACAGUUUUAUCUAUACACGAAGCUUCAUCCCAAAGAAGUCUAUUACUUGGAUGAGAGCAAGCCGAGUGAAAUCAUUUCUUCACCGUUGGACCCAAGCCAUGAAACAAAGUUCAUUACUCAUGGAUUCAUUGAUAGUACGAUAUAUGGAAAGUGGAUGGAGGAACUCAAAGACAAUUUACUUCUACAUGGAAAUUAUAAUGUUAUAAUAGUAGACUGGAGCAAAGGAAACGGAUUACCUUACACUCAAGCUACUGCCAAUACACGAGUAGUAGGAGCUGAAAUAGCAUUACUGAUUCAAACUUUACAGAAACUUAAGAACGUAAAUCCGAUGGAUUGUCACAUCAUCGGGCAUAGUCUUGGGUCGCACAUAGCUGGAUACGCUGGAGAAAGAUUUAAAAAUAUCAAACUUGGCCGCAUCACAGCUGUUGACCCUGCACAACCUUAUUUUCAGAAUAUGCCUCCAAGCGUGCGAAUUGACCCUACUGACGCUGAUUUUGUGGACGCCAUUCACACGGAUUCAUCAUCCACGAAAUUCCUGGCUCUUGGUAUGUCGCAAGCUGUUGGACAUGUCGACUUUUAUCCUAACAAUGGUAUGAAUCAACCCGGAUGCUCUGGUGCAGCGAUUCAUUCUUUAUUCCUAGAAGGUCUUUACGACGCCGCUAGACGUUUCGUUUCCUGCAAUCAUCAGAGAGCUGUUGAUUUCUUCAUUCAUUCCAUCAAUUACAAAAGAAAUCCUCCACUCGGUUACGAGUGUGAAAAAUAUGAAGAUUACUUGGAUGGUUAUUGCACAGACUGUGGCAAAAAUGGCUCCAAAUGCGCAAUUAUGGGAAUACGAGCGAUUGAAUAUAAGCCAAAGAAGAACGACCAGAAAUCUGUUAAGCUUUAUUUAUCUACAAAUCCCAAUGUACCCUUUUGGGUUGCCACUUACCACAUUACAGUAAAACUACUGAAGCCGAAAACUUCGUUCAAGGACAGAAAAGGAGAAAUGCAUUUGACUGUUCAAGGAACAAAAAAUACAUAUAAUCUUAAACUAUCAUCAAAAACAAAAGACCUAAUACACGGAUCAACAUACAAUUUCAUCAUCACGCAGGCGGAAGAGCUGGGGAAAGUGACAGGCAUGGCCUUCUCAUGGGUUAAUUCUGGUUUUUAUAUACUGACGACACCGACACUCUUCUUGGACAACAUCAAAAUAUCUCCAAUGAAUGUAAUAGACUCAAAGCAACGCAUACAGGAUACAAAGAACUUCUGUAACAUAGGUGGAAAAAGCAUAGAUGCAAAGAAGUUAGUUCUGUUGAGUUUAUGUUAAGGAAGUAUUGAAAAAUGUUUUUUCUUGUUUUUAAUGCAAAAAAAAAA